AUGGGAGUUCAAAAUUUUUCCACAGCAAGUACUCAUUUUCAGGUAAAGUCUCGACGCUAUCUCUACGAUCACACUGAUGAAGGAUAUAACCUUAUCCCGUGGCGGAAUAAUGCAUGGGUGGAAAUCGCUGAGACGCUUGAUUCCUCUCCGGAACACGUGAAAACACGAUGGAAAACUCUGCGAGACCGUUUCAAGAAGGAGGAAAAGAAGGAAAAAAUGACUGGGAAACCGGCCACAUGGGUAUUUCAGAAGCCGCUACGGUUCAUUCAGACAGUACCGAAAGAGCGACCUUCUGAUGAUGGAACUAUCAAAGAUGAAGAUAAUGGACAUAUCUCACCAAUGGAAACGGCGAUUUCCUUCAUCAAACAGGAGAUGAACCGAGCAGCAGAAGCAGCAGCGGAGCCAUCGACAAGCGACGUUCGUCGCGAACUCGCCAUCGCUGACACCACUCUCGAACCAGGGUUUGUGCUUUCAUAA